AUGUCAUAUAUCAAGAAAGCUCUCGCAAAAGAAUCACCUAAAAAUUUCAAUAAAUUGUCUAUGACAAUCAAAGACUUGAACUCAGAUGACUACUCAAUUGCAUCAAGAUUAAGCAGAAGAUCUACAGGAAAAUCAAGUUCCUCAAACAAAUCGUUUGACAUGCAGUCUGCUACAAAACGACAGCCAUUAUCCAAACGGAAUUACUCAAGUGAGGGCAAGCACAAAGAGCCAAUACGUCUACAUCUUAAUUUAAAAUCUAUAUCAAAGCAAUGCACAAAUUCUAUGUCAAAUCCUCUACGGAUAAGUAUGAACUUAAUGAAAGCUCAUGAAUUUAUAGAUCCAGAAGUGGAAACUACAAUUCCUUCAGCUCACGAAUAUUUAUCAAAUACACCUAAAAUUAAGCAUCAUAUUCCUUUUAUUGAUGAUUUAAACUCCACAAAAAUUGAUCAGGCUUAUUAUUUUAAUGAAGAUCUGCAGUUAUCCUCAUAUCUGCCUUUUGAUAGAGAAAAAGCGAGCUUCGAAAGUUUGAUUAAAAAGAAAGGGCCGCUAUCAAAAGAGCAUGUCGAAAAAGAGCUUUCUCUUAAAUACAAAACUUCUAGAAAAAUUGUUCUGGUGCCUAGAAAUGAAGAAAAAGAGCUGCCUGCAAGUGUAGUAGUAUGUGAAGGGAAUGCAAUUAAACUAUAUGAUAUUAAUUUCAAAGAUUAA